AUGACACUCAGCACGGUAAACUUGACUAUUGAUGAUGGGACGAUUCACUUACCCGCAGAUAAUCGGCAGUCUAGACCAGCAGGAGCUAUUUCAUAUGCAGUUAGUGUGGACCACGGUCAUCAAUUUCCCCGACGGAGGAACUUUUGCCUGUUUCUCGGCUCUCGGAAUCUCCAAUUUCGGCUAUCCACUGACAGCCGAACUGUCGAGCUAAGAGAAUUCAGCUUAAAACUGAAAUCAUUUAUUGAUCAGACAAUUCGUUUGUUCUUGAGACUACAUCCCAUUCACAACAUGCCUUCUCAUCCAAAUGCUGGAGAUGUCAAGUUGACAUUCCUGACAACCGGAACUGUGCGCAUCCGUCUUUCCAUGCGCUCACAACCAGCCAGCAAAUUCGGACUUGUUCGACGUAUUCGCUCCCUCCUUGACAGAGAAUGGACUGAGCCUCUACCAGUGGGGGUUUUCCUCAUCCACCACCCCGAAGGCAUGUUUCUCAUGGACACUGGACAAUCACCUUGCUGCAACGACGCGGGAUAUUUCCCCAAACUUGCCAUUUUCAACGGCUUCUUGAGUCAAUUCACAAUUGAGCACCAUGACGGAAUCCUUGAGCAGCUUCAUAAGCUUGGAAUUAAGGCAACUGAUCUCAAAGGUGUCAUUUUGACGCAUCUCCAUAAUGACCACGCUGGUGGGCUGGAGGACCUCGUUGCUGAAGCACCAAGCCUGCCUAUCUAUGUGAGCCGUGAACACUGGAAGGCCUUUGGAGAACAUCCUACCUUCGCGAGCAUGGAAGGUGCAACGCCGAAUCAUUGGCCUCAGGACUUUUCACCAAUGGUCUUCGAUCUUCAGGAUAAACCCCUUGGGCCCUGGAAGCAGUCUUAUCCUGUUACGGAGGAUGGGAAAAUACAGAUUGUAGAUACGUCAGGGCAUGUUCCGGGGCAUAUCAGUGUGGUGGUUUAUGGUAAUGAUGGGCCGGGGGAGACUGAAGUCACAUACUUCCUCCCUGGAGACGCAACGUAUGGCUUGGACCUUCUGGAUAAGGAACAGCCUGACGGUAUCAAUGAUGAUCCUAUGCGCGCGCUUGAGACUCUGAAGACCAUCAAGGAGUUCGCUAAAGUCACUGAUGUGGUCAUCCUGCCCAGUCAUGAUGUGAACACCCCUCGUUUGCUUGCGGAAAAAGUGGUCUAUCGACCGCAUGACGAGCUGUAA